UUGAGAAUGGCGGCUGCUGCCUGCAGUGCGCACUGUACGUUGGGCAGUAGUAGCAGUAAACCGCAGAAAGAGCACCUGAGGAGAAGUAGGGAUUCGCGCAGGCGACAGGCAGCCUUGCUGUUCCUUAGUAACAUUUCUCUGGACGGACGGCCCGUACAGCAUGUAAACAACGCCAACCAGCUGAGCCACAGGGACAGCGAAUUCCUAGGUACCGACAAUGUAUCGACAAAUGCAGCCCGGCUGUCACCUGCGACGAGUAGUUGUGGGACCUUUAAUAAUCUUUCAGCCUCAGUUAGCUGUGGAGCUGUCAGUUCUGUGCCGAGACUUGGGGGGGUCAUCAACGUCCCUCUUCUAGUGUUGCCUUCGGACUCUGGAUGUAAUGAUGCUGGGACCGCCGAGGUGUUUCUGGAGAGGGGAAGAGGGUCUUUCUCCUCACAGGGGAAUCUUCUUUCUCCAGCCAGUCUUCAGCCGACUCCUCUGGGACCUCGGAAGUCGCCAACAUUACACUCUGUUCAUAGCUGCAACUCUGUGUCUUCAGAUUCGAGGCCAAGGUCACGCAAUCUGUCCGGCUCGCCAAAGCCUCGCCCGAUGAGGAAGGUGCACUUCAUCAAGAACAUGAGACAGUAUGACACCAAAGGCAGCAGGAUCGUGCUCAUCUGUGCCAAACGCUCCCUGUGUGCUGCGUUCUCAGUGCUGCCGUACGGAGAGAGCUUCCACAUCAGUGAGCCGAGGCUGGACUCCUCUCGGAGGAGGCACUCAUCCGGCGGGAUCUCCACGGCAUUGGAGACGCUGCUGCUGCCAGGGCUAGAGGGACUGGGCCUGGACCUGGUGGCUGGAACAGGACAGACGGUGUCCUACGCCCAGUUCCUGUACCCGACCAACGCCCUGGUGCGCCAUAAGCCGGCCUCAGUGGACAUGACGCUGCAGCUGCCCUACUCCAGAAACAGCAUCCCCCGCAGCUACCCGCCCUCCAGACUCAGCAGCACCGUGGGAUUAGACCUAGGUCUCGAUGACACCGACUACGACCCCAACCUCCUGAGUGACCACCAGUGGCCAUGUGGGAAACACAAGCGAGUGCUGAUCUUCGCCUCCUACAUGACCACCGUCAUCGAGUACGUGAAGCCGUCCGACCUGAAGAAGGACAUGAACGAGACCUUCAAGGAGAAGUUCCCCCACAUCAAGCUGACGCUGAGCAAGAUCAGGAGCCUGAAGAGAGAGAUGCGCUCCGUGGGAGACGAGGCCAACCUGCAGCCGGUGACGGUGGCCAUGGGCUUCGUGUACUUUGAGAAGCUGGUGCUGCAGGGGCGCCUCAACAAGCAGAACCGCAAGCUGGUGGCCGCCACCUGCGUGCUCCUGGCCGCCAAGAUCAGCAGCGACCUCAAGAAGCAGGAAGUGAAACUCCUCAUCGACAAGCUGGAGGAGCGGUUCCGCAUCGGCCGGCGCGAGCUCAUCUCGUUUGAGUUCUCCGUUCUGGUGGCGCUGGAGAUGGCGCUCUACCUGCCCGAGAGCAAGGUCAUGCCCCACUACCGCCGCCUGGUGCAGCAGCAGUCCUGAGAGGGAGUGGGCGUAGGGGUCAGGGUCAGGGCCAGUGUCAAGGUCAAGAGGCGCCUCUUCACUCUUCACUCCCACAUGACCAAGAGUUUCGACAGUGGCAGGAGCAGCGCUGGAGAUUUAAGAGCACUACGCCCCCUGCUGGAUGAAAUUAUAAUACAUCCUGAAGCACACAGAGAGCCAAGAAACAAGGCUCUGGGUGCAAGUGUGUGUGUGUGUAUGUGUGUGUGCGUUUGUGUGUUUUAAAGAGACUCGGAGACACUGUGAGACCAUUAGCAACACUAUUAUUUAAUAAGUAAUUCCAGUUGUUCCUGGUUUGUAAAUAUACUUUUUUUGUAAACAUAGAGCAGAGAGUGUGGAAUAGAGAGGGUGUUGUGUUGAAAGAGACCAUUAUCUGUGUUCUUAAUUAUACUGUGUGGAAACCCUUGUAUAUCACCCUAGCAGGAGGCUAUUUAAAGAUUCAACCAUUAUUACCCUACCUUAAUAAUUCAAAAUGGUCAGACAAGUAAAAAACAUUCAAGUGGACAAGGGAAAAUGUAUCCUAGCAAAUAUCCUGUGUGUGUGUGUGUGUGUGUGUGUGUGUGUGUGCGUGUGUGCGUGUGUGCGUGUGUGCGUGUGUGCGUGUGUGCGUGUGUGUGUGUGUGUGUAUAUGUGUGUGUGUGUGUGUGUGUGUGUGAGAGAGAGAGAGACAGAGAAUGGUCAUUCGAUAUUCAUAAUAGCAGCCAAAUAUAGUUUCUUUUUUCUUUUUUUUCUAAAAAAAGGUUACCUUUUACUAUAUGAAUUAUUUUUUUUCUACAUGCAAAUUAUUAGCAAACAGAUCUGAACUCCAUGUUUAACUACAAGUCUUUGCCAUCCCUGCAGUCUGUUAAGAGACACCGUCCCCACUGGUGUAGAUGAUGACUAACCUAUUGUAUCUACAUGCAGAUGAGUGGCAGACUAGUCCGUUGUGUACUCACCUGAAACCAGGUCUACUCUAAACCUAGCCUAGCAUUAAGGCACUGGGACAAUCCUGUGAGGUUUGUGCUCUAUGUUAGAGACGGUGCUAAGUAAUGGCACAUUUAUCGUGCUACCCUUUGUACCCCCCCCCCCCCCCCCCCCCUUCCCCCUCUUCCUGUCCCUUCUUGUGUGUAAGUGUACCACACUGUGCCCCACGUGUUGUUCAUCGUCUGUAAUGAGCACUCUCGUGCUCCGACUCCGAGUCUGUUUCAUGCAGAGAGUUAAUCGCUGUGAUCCAGGCUUCCCCACAGGCCAGGAGGUUGCUGUGAUGAAUGGGCUUGUGCCACAGUUUUCCUCGUCGUUGAGUGUCCCUGAUUGUUGUGUUCAGUGUAAUACUUGUCGUGCUCGUAGUCAUUAGGCUGUGGGACUGGGUCGUUUUCCUAUGAGGAGGAUGAGCAGUUGGACUACACAUGUUUUUGUUGGGUUUUCAUAUAUGUAUAGUCUAGUUUUUUUGCCUAUGUAUGCAUGUAUGUAAACAACCAGAUUUGCACUUUAUAAGCUGUAUAUGCUGUAUUCCACAGCAGUAUAGUGUUAAGGGAAAGAUGUCCUUAGACAUCCACUCUGUGAGAAAGAGAUUUUUACAAUAUCUUCCUUACCCAUGCCGAUGUUCUGUAAAUGUUUUGUGCGCCACCCUGUGGACAUAGUCUGUUGUAGCAAUCUGAGAACCCCCAGCAAGGGGAAUAAAAGGGAAGUCAGGAUUCCUGAUAGAUUUAGGUUGUUCUCAGGACUUAAUUCUUCUUAAUCAGCUUUGUGACAUCUUUGUCUUGUGAUACUGUUGACAAAAUUCAGCAUCAUUUCAAUAUUAUCGUUGUGUGUGUCUUUUAUUUUAUUUUAUUUUAUUUUAUUUUAUUUUAUGUGUGUUGUUUUUAUUCCAACACUCCAGGGCUUUUGUUGUAGGCCUAUCGCAAUAUCUUCACCUGCAAGACUCGUAUUGUCUGUAGAAUUAUUUUACACUUUCCACUCUUCCUGCUUCCUGCUGUCAGCAUGGCAGACCCAUCUUAGCUGUGGGUUUGUGUCUGUCUGUCUCCCCCGAAGAUGAAUGAGAUGGACCCGUGAGCUCCCAGCGUGCUGGUCUGACCCUAUUUGAAGAGACUCGGCAGGGCUCUUGCUCUGUUCUCUCUGUUUCUAUCGCGCUUCUGUUAUCAGCUAUUCAGAGCAGAAGAACCCUGUCAGUUAGAGAGCACUAUUUUUUAGAUGUGUAAAAUGCACUGGCAGAAUCCCAUGCAGGUAGUGGGCUAUACGUACAUCUUUACAACGUUUCUCUUUGGAGUAAAUGGAGGAUGUUGCCAUUAAAUCAUCAAAAGUGUUUCUGAUCGCUAAGACAAGUGUCCGUACUCAUUAGUAACGACAUGUUAUUUACAGUUUGUCAAAAAAAAUAAGUGCCUGUGAUUAUUUUAUCUUACAGACAUGUUAAGAUGUAUUUUUCUAAACCAUUACCGUUGCCCCCACUCCUGUUUAUGGCGUAUUAAGAAGACUAAGGACUUAGCAGGAGGGACCGUGAGGUGUCAAGCACUGUGACCCCAGAAGUAGCAAUAACAGAGUUCUGUUCUCCGACUGGCCUAUCGCAAAAUAAUCUGAAGCUUAAUGUUGCAACAGUCAGGUCACCCAAUAACCCUAAAACAGGGUGUUCAACUUGCAUCUGGCAUAACAAAUUCCUGAGUUGGAAAAUGGCUACAGAGACGUUGUGUGGGGCUAGCACUUUGAUGUCAACCUCUCUUUUCCAGGUCAUGAAUUUCCCCAUUGCUUUUCCUGUUAUACUGUUUUUAUUUUUUUGAUUGGUUUACAUUAUGUUUGUCAUUGAUAUUUUUUGUGUGUUACCCAAAGUACAUGUUGUAGCCUACUCAUGAACUUGUGAAUUAUAUGUAUGUGAUUUUUAUUAUAAAUUGAAAAGUAACACUUUCUAAUAUAUUUUCUGAUUGCACUAA